AUGAAUAUAAAAGACCAAUUCCCUAGUGUCCACUGGAUCUGGAAAGGAGGCAUCUCUUUCGUUUACGAGGUUGACCCUCGCAUUGCGGUCAAGGUCCCGCAGUCAGGAGAAGAGGAAAGGGAACAAUUCAGCAAAGAGGUCGAGAUAUACCGCAUAUUCUCACAAAAUCCGCCUUGCCCCUUUAUCGUGCAAUGUUUUCAUAUUUCAGACAAAGGCAUCUUCCUCGAGUACAUGAGAGACAGGUCGCUAUUUUCUAGAAUACAGGAUAACCAUACUUGGAACCGACAAAAUAUGGUGGUUACUAAAGUGGAAAAGUUGGAACCGCUAUCCCUACGAAAGGAAUGGAUAAACGAUCUCGCUCAAGCCGUCGCUUUCCUGGAAUCUCUCAACCUCGCUCACGGUGAUCUACGGCCUGAAAAUAUUCUACUUAAUCGAGACCGACUCAAAUUAUCCGACUUUGAUUACACGGCGAAAAUCGGAAUGGAUCACGAAGCUUGUAUAGGUCCAUAUGGCAGAUUCCUUAAUAGCAACGAACCGGAUGAAGGCAUUUGUGGAAGUUCCGGCUCCCUUGGCUCGCGGACAGAGCAGUUCGCCCUCGGUUCUUUAUACUAUUAUAUCAACUACGGAUUUGAGGUUUACAGAGAUCGCUGUCUUACCGAGGACCCCUACGAACAUGGUCCUAAGACCGUGGAUUUGCUACAGAACAUGGAGUUUCCGGAAUUGAAUGGCAAUCCACGGAUUGACGAUAUCAUCGACAAAUGUUGGCAUAACAAAUAUGGCAAAGUCUCUGAUCUAGCUUUGGACACGAAUCGUUUCUUGAACGAAGGAACUGAAGCGGAAGGAAGUAGCAGAGUGGGACACAGGGAGGAAGGGAAUAGAAAGGAAUUUCUGUUGAAAAAGGAACUCUGCCAAGACCUGGAGAAACGCGGACUUCUUGACUUGCUUUCUUCGGGUGAGCCUAAGAAGAUUGGCUUCGAGUGCCAAUUGUAUAGGUACCGUAUGAAGGCUUGA